CGGCCACCGGGAGCACUGUUAACCAGGCGAUGCGCAUCGUGGCGUCCCUGGAUACCGGCGACGCGCUCUGCCUGUCGCUCCUCUGUACAUGAUCAGGAGACCGGUGGGACGGUGGGGCACAAAUAGGCACUUCAGCCGGUCUACUCCCACCACAUCGCCUCAUGAGUAUGAUAAUGCUGGUGUUGAUGAAACGAAAUGGAGUCGAGCAGGGUGGAUUAAUUCUGCACCAUGAAUGACAGAUACCACAAGGCGGCCCGGGACGGCUACCUGGACCUGCUGAAGGAGGCUACUCGGAAGGAUCUCAACGCACCGGAUGAGGAUGGCAUGACACCGACGUUAUGGGCUGCUUAUCACGGCAAUCUGGAGGCUCUGCGGCUGAUCGUGGCGAGGGGAGGGAACCCUGACAAGUGUGACAUAUGGGGGAACACGCCGCUCCACCUGGCAGCUGCCAACGGUCACCUCAACUGCCUUUUCUUCCUGGUGUCUUUCGGUGCCAACAUAUGGUGCCUGGACAACGACUACCACACGCCGUUGGACAUGGCCGCCACAAAGAAUCACAUGGAUUGCGUCCGCUACCUGGAUUCCAUCGCUGCCAAGCAGACAGGCCUCAACCCCAAGCUGGUCAGCAAGCUGAAGGACCGGGCAUUUCGUGAUGCUGAGCGGAGAAUCAAAGAGUGCCUGAAGAUGCAGAAGAAGCACCACAGGCGCAUGGAGAGGAAGUUUCAUAAGGAGGCCUCCGAGGCUUCUGCAUCAGACGUCAUGAGCUUUUCCAGUUACACCAGCAGCUCUUUUAGCCACAAGCUGCACAACUUAAAUGCAGCCUCUGUCAGUGUGCCAUAUUCUCAGGCUACUCUCCAUGCCACAAACCGAGGGAAGACAAAGAUCCAGAAGAAGCUGGAAAGGAGAAAACAAGGAGAUGGGACCUUUAAAAUCUAUGAGGAUGGAAGGAAGAGUGUGCGCUCCCUCUCUGGACUUCAGCUAGGCAAUGAUGUUAUGUUUGUCAAACAGGGGACCUACGUCAACCCAAAAGACCGUAGCCGCCGCAACGUUCGUGACAUGUUCCCCAGAGACAAUGACGAUGCCAUUUCACGUGCCAUGAGUGAGCCGGACCUCCACGGGCCUGAUGUGGACUAUUCUGAGAUCAGCACCGACUCAGGACAUGAUUCCCUGUUCAACCGGCCUGGUUUGGGCACCAUGGUUUUCAGGAGGAACUAUGUGAGCGGGGGGAUGUUUGACCUCGGUGAUCGGGAAGAGGCCAGUGUGAACCAGUCAGGCAAUACUGUGCGAUUACGCAGUCGGCUGCAGCAAUACCCAAGUCUAGAUGAAGACAGCAUCGGCAGUGCACAUAGCCUGCAGCAGAGGAAUGUAGAGGAGCUGCCUUGGGAAGAGGUCGAGUUAGGGCUGGACGAUGAUGAUGAGCCUGACACAAGCCCUCUGGAGGUCUUCCUGGCCACACAGAGCAUGAGCGAGUUUUUCUCCAUCUUUAAGCGGGAGAAGAUCGACCUUGAAGCUCUGUUGCUGUGCUCUGACCAUGACCUUAAGAGUAUCCACAUCCCCUUAGGGCCGAGGAAAAAGAUCUUAGAUGCCUGUAAGAGACGGCUGGAGACCAUAGAGGAACCAGACUGCAUUGAGGACACAGAACUAUAAUAAAAUUUGUUCUAGAUGAUCCUCUCGCUGUGAGCUCAUCCCGCCUUAAAGGUCAGUGGAGCAUUAUGGAGUGAAUGUCACGUAUGGACAGACAGAACUAAAUGAUUUACCUCUCCUGGUAACUCAGCGGUAACAAAGCAGAAAGAACACUGUCGAGAUGAAUAUGUCGAGCAAGAAGAGAUGUGAGCUAAAUUCAAAACAGGGGUCUUGUUAGACUCACUGAAAAUAUCUGUAAGAGUCCUCUGCACUGAAUUGUUUAACAAACUGAAUGACAAUAGUUGCAGUGUCAUUGUAUGCCAUGUGGCAUAGACAGCAACAGAGAGUUGAUUGUGGGGUCUGUGUCCCCUGAACAUGUUUGCCCCUGUGGGGUCAAUCCAACCACAUCAUGUGCCUGCGUAUCUUGUACCUGUGCAUUUGCUUAAAAAUGUCUUUUGUCAUAAGUAUUUUUGACAUAACAGUUCUGUUAUCAAUGGUUUCAAUAGCAAAAGUUUCUGCAUUUUCUGCAUUAUUAAUUGUAAGUCUCAUAUUUUAUUUCUGUACAUGUUUACAUACAGCAAGCCAUGUCAGUCCACGUGUGGCUCACUGCCAAUGCAGGCCAAUUACUCACUGAGAUUUCUCUUCUUAUUUACUGUAGUAUUGUAAACUGCCUGAAAAUGCAGCAUCUGUUGAUCAUUUUAGAAAACACAACAUAAUAUGUGAUAGCUACAUAUAUUUGCAUGUUCAGUCAAUACACUGGGAGGUUUAUAAACCUUUGUAUAUCAUUCAUGUCAGUCUUCCAACAGUUUAUAUAUUGAACAUUUUUUAUUUUCGUCAUGUACAUCUGCACGUGCAUGUGUUUAAUGUCUUAACUUUUUAAAAUUUUAGGUGGAUUUUAAUAAAAGUACUAAUAUAAUUUAAUU